CUUUCAUUCAGUUCGAAGAAGAAGAUGAAGCUGUAGGUUUUCAUAAAGUUCUCACCAAUCAGAAAAUAAGAUUUUGUUUGUUUGUUUGUUUGUUUGUUUGUUGUAUAACUACUUUGGUUUUAUGGUACUUUUAUUUUAUGUAAUAUAAAUAAUGGCAUCAGCUAACGGGGAUUGUAACGACGUAACUGUACCACUGGAUAAGGAACAUCCACGUGUCCUCAUCCCUGAAUUGUGCAGACUCUUCUAUCAGCUCGGAUGGGUGACAGGAACAGGAGGUGGAAUAAGCCUUAGACAUGGGGACCACAUUUAUAUCGCCCCAUCUGGAGUUCAGAAGGAAAGAAUACAGCCAGAGGACAUGUUUGUGUGUGACAUUGAGGAACAGGACAUCAGCACUCCUCCUGCAUGCAAGAAACUGAAGAAGAGCCAGUGUACGCCGCUGUUCAUGAACGCAUACACCAUGAGAGGAGCUCAAGCGGUCAUUCAUACGCACUCGAAAGCUGCUGUCAUGGCCACUUUGCUGUUUCCGGGCAAAGAGUUUCGCAUCACACACCAAGAGAUGAUCAAGGGGAUUCGCAGAGGAAACUCAGGCACAAAUUUCAGGUACGACGAGACCCUGGUGGUGCCCAUCAUCGAGAACACACCAGAGGAAAAGGACCUGAAGGAACGCAUGGCCAGAGCUAUGGAGGAGUACCCAGAAUCCUGCGCUGUGCUCGUCAGACGGCACGGAGUCUACGUGUGGGGGGAGAGCUGGGAGAAAGCCAAAACCAUGUGUGAAUGUUAUGACUACCUGUUUGACAUUGCUGUGCAGAUGAAGCAGUGUGGUUUAGAUCCAUCCGCACUUCCCACUGAAGCUAAAGGCAUUAUUUGAUCUGACUCACUGCUGACGUCUGAAUGACGCUCACAUUUCUUCGGGAGAAGCAGACAAUGAGAAACGGAAUUGAGUGACUGAAAGAUUCAGUGCUCACCAAUCAGAUAUCAGCUGACACGAAGCAUGAUACUUGUUGCAAAUGUAAUUAUGAAUGUUUACCUAAUUAAGGCUAAUAAAGUGAUAUCUGAUUGACUGUGUGCUCAUAACAGCCUGUGAAGAAACAAACGCAUCCUUUUGAUUUAUUUAGGGGUUAAAAGGCUAAAGUAAUGACUGUUAUGUAAUGUACCGACGAUAUGAAGUCACUGUCAUUAAAGGAAAUUCCUGUUAUGUCAUUAAAGGAAAUGGUGUGUGAAUUUCGAAGAAUGAAA